UUAACCUACAAAUUAUAAUAAUCUAAGCCAACAAAUCAGACUGUAGCAAAGGAAAAAUAUAUCUAGACUUAAUAUAUAAAAAUGGGAUUAGGACUUCAAAAGUUUCUUAUGAUUUUUGUCAUUGCUAUGGCUUUCGUUUCCCUUGAGUUUCGUUGCUCUAAUGCAGGUGGUGAUGUUGUAGAGAUAGCACCAAAACCAGUUAACCCAGAUUGCUUUGUGAAAUGCUCAAGCACAUUUGGGAAUCAUGAGUGCAUAGCUGACUGCAACUCAAGGAUGUUCAGUUAUGGCUCCUGUCAGCCAGAUAAUUCUUGUUGCUGUGUUACAGUAUUGAAUUAAUUACAUAAUUAUUAUGUUAUAAUACAUAUAACUUAUAAUUUACCAAUAAUAAUUUCUAUUAAAAAAUUCAAUCUUAUAAUUUGUCUAUUUUUCUUUUUCUUUUCAAUACAUAUAUAGGCCAUAACAAAAAAAAUAUAUAUUUAUAAUAAUACAAAUGGUAAUUGAUC